AUGUUCAGGUAUGAUGAGUUGGUAUGGACCAUAUCGUUUCCCGUCUUCUGCUCACUUGUCAUGUGGUUUUCGAUGGCCAUUGCACUGCUGGUGCGGUCGGGGCGAGGCUACUACAGACGGGAAACAAUACGAAAAUCCAUUGCGGGAAUGGAGUCGCGGGGCGAAACUGUUUCUGGCUCCCUUCGCCGCAGUAGCAAAGCCAUCCUCAGACGUGCGGUUGUGGUGGUGGGCGGAGACUUUGCCCGCUCACCUCGCAUGCAGUACCACGCGGCAAGCCUGCUCAAGUGUGGUCUUUUUGAUGGAGUGGUUUUGGUGGGAUUUGACAUGGGCAAUGCACUGAUAGAUGAUUUACAACAAAACAACAGUGUUGGCGCCAACGAAGAGGGUGAAUUUAUUGUGGACACCACAUAUUUGAUUCCACCUGUUACCCCGCCUUCGUGGUUCCGUUUUUUGUUCCCACAUCCUCGUUUCUACUGGAUAGUUUCCACCAUCUAUCGCGCAUGCGCCUGUGCUUUAGUCUUUGCCUGGGCAGUUAUAGCUGCAUCAUUAAUGGUGGUGAGCGGCAAGGGGCAACUGCUGCUUGUAGAUCUUAUUCUUGUUCAGUCGCCUCCUGCGAUACCCUUUGUGCCCGUUAUAAAGUACAUUGUCCGUCCAUGUGUAUUAUUUCUUAAUGCGAUAUCUUACUACUGUUUCAUAGUUCCUGUUUCAUGGAUGAUGUGGGAUGCACUUUGCGAAAUUUGCGGAGACCUGAAACUACAACGACAGCUGAAUGUAAAUGAGAAUAAAAUUAUAUCCCCAUCACGGUUUGUGAUCUGUCCCGCUAUUAUUGUGGAUUGGCAUAACUUUGGCUAUAGUAUUCUGCAAGGCGACGGACGGCCCUCUCUGGCUGUUUGGGUUUACCGGAAGUUUGAGUGUAAUUUGUGUUUUGGCAAUCGUAACUUGACUGUUAGCAGGGCAAUGCGGAAGGCUCUUCUCGAACUCCAAGAAAAAAUAAUGGUGAGGGGGCAUAAAUCACGCUUAUCGAUAGCUGACGAUGUGGCGGUGUUGUAUGACACAGCUCCCUCUUUUUUUGGCCCGGUGUCACGGGCUCGCUUUGUGCAAAAAGUACUGCGUCCCGUGUUGCAGUCGGGUGGCCAGGACGCUAAGGAGGUCAUGGGACUGUCGCCUCCGCCGGCGUGGGUGAUGGAAACGGAGACACAUGAUAGUACCAAAAACACCAGCUCCUCUGGAAUGUUUGUAAUAGGUGCCACUAGUUGGACAUUAGACGAUGAUUAUAGUAUGCUGGUGGAGGCACUUGUGCGUAUUGAUAGACGACUAAAAGAACAAAGGCAAGAUCAGAAUAGUAUGCAAGCACCUGCUGUGAGGCCCAUCUGGUUGCUCAUGACAGGGAAGGGGGUGUCGCGGGAACGUUUUGAGCGUGCGGUCGUUGCAGCCCAUCUCUCUCCACUUGUGACUGUGACAACCAUAUAUUUUCAGUCGUAUGUGGACUAUGCAAUGGCGCUUGGUGCGGCUGAUGUAGGUCUCUGCAUCCAUCACUCUUCCAGUGGUUUGGACUUGCCUAUGAAGGCGGUGGAUAUGUUGGGCUCUGGACUGCCUGUUGUGGCUCUGCAGUAUGAGGCGCUUCCCGAACUACUGGACGAGAAACGCGGCUGGAUGUUUAGCAAUGCCGAGGAACUGGAAGCAAUCUUGUGGCGUCUUGCUUGCAGGCAUUCCGGCAAUGCCGCAGGUUCCUUGGAGCAAAAGCGUCUUUGUGUAAUUGAAAGCCGAUGCAAUACGUGGGAUGAACGUUGGCGUGCCGUAGUGUUGCCGUUACUGCGAGAUCUGCUUUAA